AUGUCUGUGCUGGCUUAUGAGUCUCCUUAUAUGCUUGUAUACAAAUACGUGUACGCCUGCCCCCAGGCUCUGGGCAAGGCCUUGCACGCCUGGAAGCUUCAAUACCUGCUGUAUGGUCUCAGCAUGGAUGGUAACGAGAAUGAACGCCUAGUAUACACCGGGCUACCGUUCGAGCCAUGA